GCACACCUACCCACCCCUUGCACGAUCUGACAACAGUGUUUCUUCACUGUCAGUACACAGCAGACGCAGUGCUCCGUGCCGCUUGGCACUUCGUUUCAAGGCCAAUAAACCAUGAUGUUAUGAGGGUCUGACAAGUCAGGCUGUUGCAAGUCAAGUUGUUAAAUGAUUCCAUUGAUGUGUCCAUCUGGUGUCCUAGCAAAUCGAUGAUGGGGACCUGCAGUGGGCUGUUGACCCUGGUGGAGGGCAGGUGAGUGCAGCUUGACAGCAAGAGGCCCGGGGCUUGUUGAGAGCAAGCAAGAGAGAGGGGAGAACGAGAGGGAGCGCGUGUGUGUGUGUGUGUCUGCGCGUCAGCGAGAGAGGGAGAAGGACUGAGCGAUGGGGAACACCGCCACCAAGUUCCGCAAGGCGCUGAUGAGCGGCGACGAGGGCCUGGCGUGGCAGCUGUACGAAAGCAACCCGCAGUUCAAGGAGUCGCUUGACCCCAACGCGUCCUACGGCGAGCCCUACCAGCACAACACGCCGCUGCACUAUGCCUCCCGGCACGCCAUGACACGCCUCAUCAGGUCCUUUCUCUUCUGCAAGGACGGCAACCCCAACAAGCGCAACGUGCACAACGAGACGUCGCUCCACCUGCUGUGCAUGGGCCCCCAGAUCCUGCUGGCCGAGGGGGCCCUGCAGCCGCGGCUCCUGCGUCCACUCCAGGACGAGCAGCGGCGGGCCGACUGCCUUCAAAUGGCGCUCAAGUGGACCGGCGCCAAGCUGGCCGCUGGCGAGUAUGAGCGGGCCGACGUCAAUGCCGCCGACAACCGCAAGAGCACGUGCCUGCACUACGCCGCUGCCGGGGGCAUGAAGACCUGCGUGGAGCUGCUGGUGAAGAGUGGUGCAGACCUGUUUGUGGAGAACGAGGAGCGUGAGACGCCGUGCGACUGUGCCGAACGGCAGCAUCACAAGGAGCUGGCCCUCAGUCUGGAGUCGCAGAUGGUCUUCUCUAAGGACCCUGGCGCCCAGGACAUCGAGGCUGAGUACGCCGCACUGGACCGCCGGGAGCCGUAUGAAGGGCUGAAGCUGCAGGAACUGCGGCGCUUGAAGGACAUGCUGAUAGUGGAGACGGCGGACAUGCUGCAGGCACCGCUCUUCACGGCCGAAGCUUUGCUGCGAGCGCAUGACUGGGACAGGGAGAAGCUUCUGGAAGCUUGGAUGUCCAACGCCGAAGACUGCUGCCAGCGCUCGGGGGUCCAGAUGCCCACGCCGCCCCCUAGUGGCUACAACGCCUGGGACACCCUGCCCUCCCCCCGCACCCCGCGCACCACCCGCUCCUCCGUCACCUCGCCCGAUGAGAUCAGUCUUUCCCCAGCCGAGGACGGCCUUGCUCUGUGUGGGAUCUGCAUGUGCAGCAUCUCUGUGUUCGAGGACCCAGUGAACAUGCCCUGUGGACACGAGUUCUGUCGAGCAUGCUGGGAAGGGUUUUUGAACCUGAAGAUCCAGGAGGGUGAAGCACACAACAUCUUCUGCCCAGCCUAUGACUGCUUCCAGCUGGUUCCAGUGGAGGUCAUAGAGAGUGUGGUUUCCAGGGAGAUGGAUAAGCGCUACCUUCAGUUUGAUAUCAAGGCGUUUGUAGAUAAUAACCCUGCCAUCCGCUGGUGCCCUGUGGCCCGCUGCGAGCGGGCGGUGCGCCUCACCAGGCCUAGUCCUGCCUCCUCUGACCCCCUCAGCUUCCCCCUGCUGCGCGCCCCUGCUGUGGAUUGUGGGAAGGGUCAUCUAUUCUGCUGGGAGUGUCUGGGUGAGGCCCACGAGCCGUGUGACUGUGAGACGUGGAAGCUGUGGCUACAGAAAGUCACCGAGAUGAAGCCAGAAGAAUUGGCUGGCGUAAGCGAGGCUUACGAAGACGCUGCCAACUGCUUGUGGUUACUCACCAACUCCAAACCCUGUGCCAACUGCAAGUCGCCCAUCCAGAAAAAUGAAGGCUGCAAUCACAUGCAGUGUGCCAAGUGUAAGUAUGACUUCUGCUGGAUCUGUCUGGAGGAGUGGAAGAAGCACAGCUCCUCCACAGGUGGAUACUACCGCUGCACACGCUAUGAGGUCAUCCAGCAGGUGGAGGAGCAGUCCAAGGAGAUGACUGUGGAGGCAGAGAAGAAGCACAAGAGCUAUCAGGAACUCGAUCGCUUCAUGCACUAUUACACACGCUACAAGAAUCAUGAACACAGUUACCAACUGGAACAGCGACUCCUUAAAACAGCCAAAGAGAAGAUGGAACAACUGAGCCGUGUUUUCAUGGGAAGAGAGGGCUCUCCUCCAGACACUACGUUCAUUGAAGACGGCGUACAGGAACUCCUCAAGACCAGACGCAUUCUCAAGUGCUCUUAUCCAUAUGGUUUCUUUCUAGAACCCAAAAGCACAAAGAAAGAAAUAUUUGAACUUAUGCAGACGGAUCUGGAGAUGGUUACAGAGGAUCUUGCACAGAAAGUCAACAGGCCUUACCUCCGCACCCCUCGCCACAAAAUCAUCAGUGCCGCCUGCCUGGUGCAGCAGAAGAGGCGUGAGUUUCUGGCCUCGGUGGCCCGGGGUGUGGCCCCCAACGACUCGCCAGAGGCCCCACGCAGGAGUUUUGCCGGUGGAACGUGGGACUGGGAGUACCUAGGUUUUGCCUCACCUGAGAUGCUGAGGGAUCCCUCCGUUGUGGGAGGGACCGGACACAGUGAGGGCUAUGAACACGUGGGAGGACAGCCGCAGGAAUACUCUGAGUUCCAGUACAGACGCAGACACCGGCAGCGUCGGCGAGGCGACAUGCUGAGUCUCCACAGUCUGCGGAGCAACACACCUGACCCCAACGAAUCCAGUGACAGCACUUUAGAUGGGCCAGAAGGAGGUGGAAGCAGACGACGCCUCAACGUCUCAACAGCACUUGGUUCUCUCGAUGAGGACGACCCCAACAUCCUGCUGGCCAUCCAGUUGUCCCUCCAGGAGUCCGGAAUGAGCACGGACACGGACCCUCAGGACAGCCUGAGCGGCGAGGCCUCGCUGGGGGCCAUCGGCUCGUCGCUGCCCUCGCGUCUGGACCCGGCGCCGCACGCCCUGGAUCUCCCGCGCGCCUCCCUCAGCAGCUCGCAGCUCCUGGAGCUGGGCGACAGCCUCAUGCGGCUUGGCGGACUGACCGACGCGCUCAGGCCUUACGGGGACUCCUCGUCCGCCUCCUCCUCCCUCGCCCCCGGACUCACCACCACCACCGCCACCACCACCACCUCCGUCAGCGUCUCGGACCCCUUCUCCCCCAGCGACCCCGACUGUUUGGACCCCUCGGCCAACGCCAACCUGCUGGGCAACAUCAUGGCCUGGUUCCAUGACAUGAACCCGCAGAAAAUUGCACUGGUGCCCACGGACGACUCCGCUGACCCACUCCCACUGGACGAGGCCGAGCCCCAGCUCCAGGAACAGGCCUCCGAGGUCCCCACGCAGCGGCAGCAGCAGCCCCAGGACGAGGAGACUGGCACGGGCAAGGAGGAGGAGGAGGAGGAGGUGGAACUGUGGCCGCCCUGCCCAGCCCUGGAGGAGACGGGGGGGCUGGUGCUGCAGAGGCCUGACCUGCUGGAGCUGGGCUGUGUGGAGGACGAGUGUUUGCCCAGCGCCACCAAGCUGACCAUGGAGGUGGGCGUCGCACUCACGCCGGCAGACACAGAGGGCUCUGCCCCGCCCCAAAAGCAGGAAGAGGACCAGGAGGAGGAGGAAGAGGAGAAGGAGGAGGAGGAGGAGGUGGUGGUGAAGGAGGAGGAGGAGGAGGAGAAGGGGGAUGGGUGUCGUCGUGACAAUACCCACCCCACAGAGCUACCCUCUGAGUGGGAGGAGCAGGUGCACCUUGUGUGAGGACAGACACACACACACACACACACACACACACACACACACACACACACACAAGCACU